AUGGGGGUGACUUCGGUAGAGAAGGUGGAGUUAGCUGCUUAUCAAUUGAAAGGUGUUGCUCAAAUGUGGUGUAACAAAUGGAAAGAUGGUAGGCCGAUAAGAACGGGUCCCAGGGAAACGUUUAAGUUGGCAUUUCUUGAUAGGUUCUUUCCCCUUGAGUUGAGGGAAGUUAAGAUGCAAGAGUUCAUUAACCUUCGUCAAGGAGGUAUGAGUGUGAAGAAAUAUGCCCUAAAGUUCACCCAACUAUCCAAGUAUGCUCCAACUCUAGUAGCAGAUUCAAGGGCUAAGAUGAAUAAAUUUGUGAUGGGAGUGUCCGACUUGGAGUCAAAGCUUAAAGGAAAUAAUAGGGAGGUGAAAAGAGCUAGGACAUGUGACAGAAACUUCUCCUAUGCUCGGUCGGAUGGACAAGUCCGGCCAAGGUUUAGGCAAAAGUUUUCCAACCAAGGUUCUUCUAGUUCUCCUCUAAGGGUCAACAAGGAUCAAGUGUCCAACCCUAAACCUCAAGGAUGUAAUGGUAGCGGUUCUUAUGUGACUAGAUCUAUUUGUUCCAAAUAUGGAAGGAAGCAUGAUGGAAGGGAGGGCAAGCAAGCUCCUUCUAGCGGUUCAAACUCCGAUGCUCCCAAGAAGAACCGUUUCUAUGCUCUCCAAAAUCAAGGUGAUCGUGAGAGUUCUCCAAACAUGGCGACCGAGUUGGACAUGCUAGAUUUUCAUGUGAUACUUGGGAUGGAUUGGCUGCAUUCAUAUUAUGCGUCGAUUGAUUGUAGAACUCGGGCUAGAAAGAUGAUCUCCAAGGGUUGUGUUUACCAUAUUGUUAGGGUGAAGGAUGUAGAUUCUGAGACCCCUACUCUCGAGUCGGUCCUUGUUGUAAAUGAAUUCCCGAAAGUUUUUCCGGUAGAUCUACCCGGUAUUCCUCACGAGCGAGAGAUAGAUUUUGGUAUUGACCUUAUUCCGGAUACGCAACCUAACUCAAUUCCUCCUUAUAGACUGGCUCCGACUGAGCUAAAAGAGUUGAAGGAACAAUUAAAAGACUUGUUGGAUAAGGGGUUUAUUAGUCCAAGCAUUUCACCAUGGGGUGCUCCGGAUUAUGACAUAAGUGUUCUUUAUCAUCCCGGCAAGACCAAUGUAGUAGCAGGUGCUCUUAGUAGGUUGUCUAUGGAGAGUGUUGCUCAUAUAGAUGAUGACAAGAAAGAGUUGGCUAAUGAUUUUCAUAGGUUAGCCCAGUUAGGUGUUCAAUUAGUGGAUUCCACCAAGGGUGGUGUCAUGGUUCACAAUGGGUCCGAAUCAUCUUUCGUAUCGGAUGCGAAGUCUAAGCAAGGCCUUGAUCCUAUUUUGGUUGAAUUGAAAGAGACGGUGCUUAAGAUAUCUAUUGAGGCGUUCUCCCAAGGGGGAGAUGGUGUGCUUAGAUACCAAGGCCGUUUAUGUGUUCCGGAUGUGGAUGACUUGUGA